CGGCAUAACCUCAAAAAAUUGACAAGUCUGUUGACAAGUAAAUAGCACAAGGAUCAACACAACAAAAUUGCAAUCAGUUGCAAUAAAGAGAUUAUUAUUUAUUAGAUAAUUAAUUAAAUAAAUAAAAAUAAACAAUGGGAGACGAUGAUAAUCCAAAAGAAUAUCGUUGGGAAACUGGCUAUGAAAAAACAUGGGAGGCAAUUAAAGAAGAUGAAUCUGGUGGUUUGGAAGCAUCAGUUGCUGAUAUUAUUCAUAAAGCUAAAAGAAAAAGACAAUUAGAAAAAACAGGUACAGCUAGACUUGGAAUGAUGAGACAUCUUUUUAUUGUUUUGGAUGGUUCUGAGGCAAUGUCAAUUCAAGAUUUAAAACCAACACGACUCAUCUGUUCAAUAAAACUUCUUGAGGGAUUUAUUGAUGAAUUUUUCUAUCAAAAUCCAAUAAGUCAAUUGGGAUUAAUAGUUACCAAAAAUAAAAGAGCUGAAAAGAUCAGUGAUUUAUCUGGUAAUACAAAGAAACACUUAAAGGAAAUUAAAGGACUACUUGGUUCAACUCCAUUAGCUGGUGAGCCAUCAUUACAAAAUUCAUUAGAACUAGCAUUAAAAUCAUUAAAAAAUUUACCAUCACAUGCUAGCCGUGAAAUAUUAGUAAUAAUGGGAUCAUUAACAACUUGUGAUCCUGGUAAUAUAUCUGACUCUAUUCAGAAUUUAAAAACAGAAGGUGUAAGAUGUAGUGUUAUUAAUCUUGCUGCUGAAUUACAUAUUUGUAAAAAAAUAGCAACAAGUACUGGUGGUGAACAUGGUGUUGUACUUGAUGAUAAACAUUUUAAAGAUCAAUUGUAUAUGCAUAUUGAUCCACCACCAGCAGCAACACGACUUGAAGCAGCACUUGUUAAAAUGGGAUUUCCUCAUCAUUCAUUAGCAUCAUUGGGAACAGAUCCAACACCAAUAAGUGUUUGCAUGUGUCAUGCUGAUAGUAAAGAUGAGCUAGUAAAAUUAACAAGUGCUGGUUAUUUAUGUCCUCAAUGUUUAUCAAAACAUUGUGAUUUACCAGUUGAAUGUAGAUCAUGUGGACUUACCCUUGUUUCUGCACCACAUCUUGCACGUUCAUAUCACUAUUUAUUUCCAGUUAAACAUUUUACUGAAGUUGAAUUUGACGAAACAUUAAAAAAUUGUUUUGGCUGUCAAAAAACUCUAACGUCACUUGACAAAAAGGUUUAUGUUUGUGAAAAGUGUUCACAUAGUUUUUGUCUUGAUUGUGAAAUAUUCAUUCACGAAUCACUUCACACGUGUCCUGGAUGUGCAACAAAUCAAAAUUCAUUCAAACAACCAACUGGAAAUAACAACACGUGA